AUGGGCAACACGCAAAGGUGUUGUUUGGCCUGUUUUCUUCCCUGUGGAGCCCUAGACUUGAUCCGUAUAGUCCACCUGAAUGGCUACGUAGAAGAAAUAACACGUCCAGUCACGGCCCGUGAGGUCCUCAACAACAACCCUAACCAUGUUUUGACCAAACCCUGCUCUCAGGGGAUGGUCCGGCGGAUCCUGAUACUGUCGCCUGAGUCGAAGCUCAAACGAGGAAGCAUAUACUUCUUGAUUCCGGCAUCAUCGCUGCCGGAAAAGAAGAAAAGUCGAAACCCUAAGAAGUCCUCCAAAAGGAGUAAGAAGUGCAGCUCUAACGAACUCGAUUCUAAUAGUUACUUGUCCGACAUUAUGUCGGAAAAGAAGUCGUCACGUCGGGAUCGCCGGAGCAGACGGAUUGGG